CUGGUAUUAGAGUCACAGGAAUUCAGAUAAUACGGCGUCACGUGAAGCUAUAUUAACGGGAGUCGUCAGACACAUCUAGGUACAUCCUGUAUGUUGACGUGACUUUUAUUCUGAUAAUGGUACCAACGAAACCUGAAUAUGCCAGCAGAAAGUAAACACAAAUCACGUGGCCCCGGCCGAUGCCUGUCAUGCUCAAUUUUUCUGAUUGGUGUCAUAGCAGUAGCCGGAUUGGUGGUGUCAAUUGUUACGUUUGUGAAACUAUCGAAUGAUCAAGAUAAUGCCGUCACAGAGACUGAAGUGCCACCGAUGGUACCUGCUCAAAAUCUGAUGACAUCAACACCGACGGCCAUGUCUGUCCCGGAUCCAAGAACAGAAGCCGUGGUAGCAUGCUACCCAGAGAGAAACUAUGGCCAGUCAGAAUGUAAAAAGAAUGGAUGUAAAUGGCUAGAAUCAAACCAUCCUCAUGUCCCCUCUUGUGUGUUUGACCAUACCGCUGGCUACCUGAUUGUCUCUAACGAUAAACAUUCUUCCACUCGCCUUUCCGCAACCCUUAAAAGGGCGGGACUAACCCAUAUGUACGGAAUGGAGGUUCGUCAGCACAUCAAGGUUACCGUGGAUAUGUACGGUGAAAACAUGUUCAGAAUACAUUUCGCCGCAAACGAUUCAUGGGAAAUACCAGACGAAGCCCUAAAUAUAAACAAACCUACCGGAAGUACCAAUAAACAGUAUGACGUGAAGUUUGUGACGUCACCAAUCUUCGGAGUUGUUGUGACCCGGAAAUCGACUGGUGCUGUAGUAUUUGACACAUCCGUUCCAGGUUUGAUAUUUACUGACCAGUUUGUACAAAUUUCGACCCGCCUACCAUCCCCUAAUCUGUACGGGUUUGGUGAACAUCAACACAGACGAUUUAAGCACGACAUGAAUUGGAGGACCUGGCCAAUUUUCACAAGAGAUGUGGCACCCGUGGACGAGGGAAUCAAUAUGUACGGUGCCUAUCCGGUUUACAUGAACCUAGAAGAUGACAGCAAGGCCUCGAUGGUAUUCCUUAAGAACAGUCAUGGGAUGGACGUGGUACUACAGCCGGAUCCUUAUCCUGCCGUCACCUACAAAACUCUGGGUGGGAGUCUCGACUUCUAUGUAUUCAUGGGACCUUCACCCCAACAAGCCGUUCAGCAGUAUACUGAGGCUAUUGGUAGACCGAUGAUGCCUCCUUACUGGUCCUUAGGAUUCCACUUGUGUAGGUGGGGCUACCAAAAUUUAACCGAAGUUGAGAAUGUCGUCAGUAGGAAUCUCUUAGCUGGUAUACCUCAGGAUGUACAGUGGGGAGAUAUCGACUUCAUGUACAAGAAAUUUGUGUUCACCGUGGAUAAGGAAACCUUCAAAGGUCUGCCUCAGUUUGUCGACUACCUUCACUCCAUAGGGAAGAAGUAUAUCGUCAUCGUGGAUCCCGGUAUAGGAAAUGAUGAUAAAAUCGUUCUCGAGGCGGCCAACAACAGCGCGGGCUACAACAUGUACGAGGAUGGAAAAACAGAAAACAUAUACGUCAAAAAGGCUGAUGGCCAACACGACUUCGAAGGAGAGGUCUGGCCAGGUCGAACAGUUUUCCCAGAUUUUACCAAUCCAAAGACAUCAUCUUGGUAUGCCAAAUGGAUCCGAUAUUUCCGUAACAAGGAGAACGUAUCGGUGGACGGACUAUGGAUUGAUAUGAAUGAACCAGCGAGCUUCAGCUUUGACGAUAGGAACCUCCCGGACAGCAUGAAGUGUGGUAACAAUACCUGGAAUAACCCUCCCUUUAUGCCACACAUUUUGGAGGGUAAUACCGGAGACCUAUACAGGAAAACUGUGUGUAUGGACGCCAAACAAUACUGGGGGGACCACUACAGAGUCCAUAGUUUGUACGGUCACUCACACGCUAUGGCUACGCAUGCUGCCCUUAAAGAGGUGAUGCCUGGCAAACGUCCUUUUAUAGUGACACGGUCGUCCUACCCAGGAACAUCUAAAUAUGCUGCCCAUUGGCUGGGGGACAAUCAGAGUCAAUGGAGACAGCUGCCCUGGUCCAUUGUCGGAAUACUGGAGUUUAGCAUGUUUGGAUUCUCCAUGAUCGGUGCUGAUAUCUGCGGAUUCUAUUUUGAAACAAACUACGAGUUAUGCCUUCGCUGGAUGCAAGUUGGAGCGUUCUAUCCGUUUUCUCGAAACCACAACGCUCGAACAGAUGACGAUGGUAAAUUCUUCCGCGACCAAGACCCCGCCUCCUGGAAUGAAGAGUUCGUGCAGAUCACACGUCACAUCCUGUUAGUACGGUACAAGUUACUUCCGUAUUACUACACAUUGUUCCACGAUGCACACCAGAACGGCAAAACGGUGGCCCGACCUCUCAUGUUUGAAUUUCCGGAAGACAAAAAUACCUGGAACAUUGACCGACAGUUCCUGAUCGGACCUGCUUUUAUGGUGACUCCCGUGCUGGAGGAGAAUAAAACAACUGUGGACGGAUAUUUUCCUAAAGCUAGAUGGUUUUCCUAUUACGAUGGUGAGGAAGUACAUCAACCGGGUGCGAUCAAUACGUUUGAUGCCCCUCUCAGUGUAAUUAACAUCCAUAUGAGAGGUGGACACAUAAUUCCUAUGCAGGAGCCAUCUAACUCCACCCAUUACAGUCGUCAACGUGAUUUUAGUUUAGCUGUUAAUUUCGAUGAGAACUUGAAGGCUAAUGGACAUCUAUUUUGGGACGACGGAGAAUCCGAAGAUACAUUCAAAGAUGGGCACUAUCUUAUGGUACAUUUCAACGCAACUAAGGGUGAAUACCUGGAUAUAAACGUGAUACACGAUGGAUACCCAGCAGCACGCACACUCAACAUUGGUAUGAUAGAACUGUUUGGUUUAGUAUCCUUCCCCGGUGAACUUUACAUCGAUGGGAAUAAACUACCAACAAAUCAAGUCAGGUUUAAAUUUCGCGUUGUCCAAAUCGUCGAUCUCGACAUCAAAUUGGCACAGAAUCACACACUUACAUGGACUGUGUACUAAUGAACAUCAAAUCGAACAAUUAAAUAGUGCGCAUAUGUUCUGAAGUGUUUGUUUGGUGGGUUUUUUUUUACGUACAUAAAAUGCAAUGUCAUAUGCAUCCUCCAUGAACAUUACUCAAGAUUGCCUAACUAAGAGAGUUUUGAAUUACUGCUCUGAGCAGAAUAAUCAAUUUCAUGGAAAAGUAUGGAGAAAUCUAAUUUGGUAUACUGCGGUUAGGAAUGAUAAUAACCGGAGAGAACUCUCCCUAUCAUGGGGAGUAAGGUAUGUAAAUAACCAUCUUACCUACACUUAUCGAAUGUUGUCAUUUAUUUUGUUGAUUUUCGUUGAAUACUGAAAUAAUAUUCUGAAUAUUUCUAUCGCUGGAACUUCAAGUGUCAUUUUUUAGGUAACGCUUCGCCUGGUGUACUGAACUUUAAUUAUCAAAUCUGGGUGAGGCAUUGAUCAAUUAAAGGAAUGAUAACAAAGGGAGAUAACUCUUCCUAUCAUGUCGCUUAAUCUCAUGAAAAUAUUUAUUUACACCAUCAAUCAAGAUAGAAACAUGGGUUGAUCUUACUACUAAAUUCAAGUUAGUAUAGAUGUUUUUAACCCAAACAUUAAAUUUAAAGAACACAAGUGUUUAGAUAGAUGUUCUUUCAAAGUGAAAAUGAUUAACGACAUAUCUAAAUUGUAAUGUUGUUUCUAAAAGAAAAGUAAGUAAUGGAAUAAUUAUUGCAUAAGAUAUCAAGUUCGUGAAUGCUUUAACUUCUUGCGCAAUUUUUUAUUCAAUAAACUAUUUGCAAAAUAAGAAUAUUUUUGAAAGUAUUGAUACAUGUAUUGCGAAUUGAAUAGUUCUAGAAUAAAAUCAUGAUUCCAAAUACGUCUAUGUUGCAAUUUUAUGUAGAUGGUGAGCCGUAACAUUGAGCUGCUUUCCGUCCUGACAACAGGCGAAAACUGUAUGAUUUUUUUUUUUUUUUUUUUAUGUAUUUCAGUUAAAGGGUAGACAUUUAUUGUAUUCCCAUAUAAAUACAAGCUACAAAAGUAUAUGUGAAAAUAAUAUCAAUCCAAUGUCAUUCCUAGCAUGUUGUUAAUAAUUUGAUGUCUUUUGAUCAGGUUUCAGACUGAAAUGAAAUAGCUUGCCAAUUUUGCAAGAAUUUCCUACCUCGCUCGGCACCCAAUUUUUUUCACAGAAAAAAAUAGGCAAUGAUAAUGCAUUCGUAUUCUGUAUCAAUAAACUCACAUUUAAAUGUCUUCAUCUUCAUUUGUUUGAACAACCUUGUAUACAACCUUUUAUUGAGUAAAAGGUGUAUCAAAUAAAAGCUGUGAACCUGAA